GACGCCAUGGGCCGCACCGCACUUGACUGGGCCACGGCUCUGGCCCAGCUGUCUGACAUGAAACUACUGAUCGACCGCGGCUCCCCCUUAAACACAAUGGAUGUAAGCGGCCGCACUACGGUCCUGCAUGCAGUCGAUAGUCACAACGACGAUGCCCUCCGCAUCGUCCUCGAGGCCGGCGCAAAUCCCAACCCCGAAGUGCCAAAAGGCCUGUUCCGCAGCAGCCCGCUCACUGCCGCCAGCUUCGGCGGUCUGUUGGGGAUGGUCAAAUUGCUCAUUAAAUUCGGCGCCAAGGUCGACGCGUGCAACCCGGAGGGUCGAACAGCGCUGCUAACGGUUGCCAGCAUGCAAAACGUCGAAUGUGCGGAUAUCCUACUCACUUAUAGCGCUGACCCGGGCUACAUAUCGAGUAACGGACAGUCACCGCUUACGAUGGCGAUGAUCUAUAACAACCACGCUGUGCUGAAGCUCUUCAUCGACCGGUGUGACACCAGCCGCCUAAAGGGGGUCCAGCUGCUGUUCAUCCUAGCCGAGUCGGCGGACGCCGAGACGAUGUCGAUCCUCGCGUCGUCAGACCUGCUAAAGUAUAGGCUAUGGAACGGGGAUGAGUUCGCUGCUGGCCGCGAAGUCCUUCGGUCGCGAAUAGACUAUGAUGAGGAACUGGGCAAUGCCUACGAGGAGUUAUUCUCCAUCACUAGGGCCAGCCAGGAGGCAGCUCCGGCGGCUGACGGGGCCGACUCCGGGCUGAGCGGCAGUGUUCCAGUAUCUGUUUGA